AUGGAGCCACGCGGCCCGGGCGCGGAGGCCGGCAUGGAGGGCGCGGCAGGCGACCCUUACCGGCGGCCGGCGCGGCGCACACAGUGGUUGCUGAGCGCAUUGGCGCACCACUACGGGUUGGACCGCGGCGUGGAGAACGAGAUUGUAGUGCUGGCCACAGGCCUGGACCAGUACCUGCAGGAGGUCUUCCACCACCUCGACUGUCGCGGCGCCGGCCGCCUGCCCCGCGCCGACUUCCGCGCGCUAUGCGCCGUGUUAGGGCUGCGCGCCGAGGGGACCGCUACCGCCGGGGAGGGAGCCGGGGACGCGGCCGCUGGGGAGGCGCCUGACGGGGACGCGGACGCCGAGGAGGAGGCGCGCCUGGCGCUGUGCGCUGAGCCUCCAGAACUCACUUUCCGCCAGUUCCACGCCCGCCUCUGCGGCUACUUCGGCACCCGCGCGGGGCCUCGGUUGCCCCGCGGCGCGCUCAGCGAGCACAUCGAGACGCAGAUCCGCUUGCGCCGCCCGCGCCGCCGCCGCCGCCCGCCCCGCGCGCCUGGCCCCGACAGCGGCCCAGACGGCGAGCUUGUGGCGCGGCUGGAGGAGGAGAACAGCAGCCUGCGGGAGCUGGUGGAGGACCUGCGCGCCGCGCUGCAGAGCAGUGAUGCGCGCUGCCUAGCGCUGCAGGUCGGUCUCUGGAAGAGCCAGGUGGGCGCCCUUCAGGUGGGGCCCGGCGGGACCGAGGCGGCGGCGCAGGAACUUCGCGCGGAGGAGGCCCGGCAGGCAGUGCUGCGCAGCCUGAGCCGCGUGCGGGAGCUCGAGGCGCUAGCCCAGCAGGUGCCCGGCCUGCAGCGCUGGGUGCGGCGCCUGGAGGCAGAGCUGCAGCGCCACAGGUCAGAGGUCACCCAGCUCCCAGUCUCGUCACAAGCCAGCCCAGAUCCAGAAGCUAAGAGUGGAGAACCUGAGGACAGUGUGGCCAGAGACCCGGGCCCUCCUCCCGAGGGAGCAGCCUGGCAGUCAGACAGCAGCUCCGGAAGCAGACGCCUUGACGAAAGGGACGAGCAGCUUUUCCGCUCCGUGGAGGGCCAGGCCGCCUCGGACGAGGAGGACGCCGAGGAGAAGAAGUGGCAGGAGGGGCAGAGGGCCCCAGCGGCCGAAGUCAAAAAGCUGCUAGCGGGCCUCUCCGGCUGCGGGAGUGGGUGUGAUGGCCAGCCCGCCAAGAAGCUCAUGACCUACUUCGGCCACUUUGGCAAAGCAGACCACACCUGCACCCUGGGGGAGCUGAAGGCCCACGUUGCCAUGCUGGUGGAGCAGCUGGGGACCCAGGGCUGCAUUGGGAAGACCCUGGGGACACCUGGGGAGGAGGCAGAGCUGCAGCGGAAGGUGGAGGAGAACGAGCACCUGAGGCUGGAGCUGCAGAUAGUGGAGACGGAGCGGGUGCGGCUGUCCCUGCUGGAGGAGAAGCUGGUGGACGUGCUGCAGCUCCUGCAGAGGCUCCGGACCCUGAACAUUUCGAAAAGAGCUUUGGGGAAGAUUUUGCUGAGCACAUUGAACGCUUGCGGGGAUCCCCCACAAGAGGGGAGAGCUGGGCCCUUGGCCACCCUGGAUGUCCUCCACCAAGCCCUGGCCGGCUGCAAGCUCUUGCGGAGACAGCCCUUGGCUCCAGCCUCCACAGCGCCUGCCCUCAACGACUCCCUCCUCAUCUCCUGCUGA